UAGGCAGUGUUUGUGUGGCAAUACCGGAGUAUAUCGUUUGUACUUUAGCAUUAUUCCGAUUUAACAACUUAAUUUAAUAAUUUACUUGCUUUUUCAUUUUCGUUUUCAAUUUCUCUCUCUGAAUCGAUCUUCACGGCCUCGCUUCUUUUCGAUCUCUCCCUCCACGAAAUUAGGGUUUACAGCAGCACCUCCUUCAGCUUGACCUAGAUUUCCCAGAUCCACCUACCUUCGUCUUCUUCUACCUCCCACAUGUUUUGGAAACUCGCAUCUCUUUCUGCUUCCUCUCCCGUGGAGGCUAUAUUAGACAAGGAUAAUUUCACUUUAGAAGAGCUUCUAGAUGAGGAGGAAGUAAUCCAAGAAUGCAAGGCCUUGAACAGUCGUCUUAUCAAUUUUUUGAGAGAUCCAGCUCAGGUUGAGCAAUUGCUACGCUACAUUAUCGAAGAACCACCUCAGGAUGCCGAAAGCAAACGGACCUUCAAGUUUCCAUUCAUUGCCUGCGAGAUUUUUACAUGUGAAAUUGAUGUCAUCUUGAAGACUUUGGUGGAUGAAGAAGAGCUGAUGAACUUAUUAUUCUCCUUUUUGGAGCCGAAUCGUUCCCAUAGUGCCUUAUUGGCUGGCUACUUUAGCAAGGUUGUUGUCUGCCUAAUGAUUCGAAAGACAGUGUCACUUAUGAAUUAUGUUCAGGCCCAUCAGAAUGUUUUUCGCCAAUUGGUUGAUUUGAUUGGAAUCACAUCCAUUAUGGAGGUUUUGGUUCGAUUAGUAGGUGCCGAUGACCAUGUGUAUCCCAAUUUUAUUGAUGUGAUGCAAUGGUUGGCCGAGAGCAACCUGCUCGAAAUGAUUGUUGAUAAAUUAAGUCCAUCUUGUCCCGCUGAAGUUAAUGCCAAUGCAGCUGAAACAUUAUGCACAAUAACACGAAAUGCUUCAUCUACUCUGGCAAUUAAAUUAUCAAGCCCAAGUUUUGUCGCAAGAAUUUUGGGUUAUGCAUUGGAAGAUUCACAAUCAAAGUCUACCCUUGUGAACUCACUUUCUGUGUGUAUUUCUUUGUUGGACCCGAAAAGAUCUAAUGUACCAUCUCCCCUUUUUCAUUCAUUCCGAAGUCAACACAUGUAUGAGCCACAUAUUCCUGUAAAUCCAGAGACUAUUAGUGCAAUGCUCCCUAAACUCAGUGACUUGCUAAUGCUUUUGAAUGUGUCGUCCGAUGAGAAAGUAUUGCCUACAACAUAUGGAGAAUUGAGACCUCCACUUGGGAAGCAUAGAUUAAAGAUUGUCGAGUUCAUUGCAGUCCUCUUAAAAACCGGAAAUGAGGCUGCAGAAAAAGAAAUGGUCAACUCAGGAACCAUUCAACGAGUUAUUGAUCUUUUUUUCGAGUAUCCAUAUAAUAAUUCAUUACACCAUCAUGUUGAAAGUAUUGUAUUAUCAUGUUUGGAGAGUAAAACUGAUGCCAUUGUUAAUCAUCUUCUGCGAGAUUGUGAUUUAAUUGGAAGGGUUAUCCAAGCAGAUAAACAUUCUGUUCUCUCUUCCGAAAGAAAUCUGCCAACUGUACCUGCUACUGGAAAACAGGCACCACGGGCAGGAAACAUUGGCCAUAUUACUCGAAUUGUUAACAAACUUGUUCACUUGACACACAGCCGAAGCAACAUACUGACAUGUCUUCAGGAGAAUAGUGAAUGGAAUGAAUGGCAAGCUACUGUGCUUCAGAACCGUAAUGUGGUUGAGAAUGUUAACCGUUGGGCUUGUGGACGCCCGACUGCUUUACAAGAUAGGAUGAGGGAUAGUGAUGACGACGACAUUCAUGACAGGGACUAUGAUGUUGCAGCUUUAGCUAAUAAUUUGAGUCAGGCCUUUAGAUAUAAACUUUAUGGGAACGAAGAUAAUGAAGAGGAACGUGGAAGCCAUGAUCGAGAUGAUGAGGAUGUCUACUUUGAUGACGAUUCUGCCCAAGUAGUCAUAUCGUCUCUGAGACUCGGUGACGAACAAGGGAGUAGCCUGUUUACAAACUCCAACUGGUUUGCAUUCCAAGACGACAGAAUUGGUGAUGCCAAUGGAGGCACAACAUCAUCUGAUAUGAUGGAUGAGAUAAACUUGAAUGGUGCUGCUAAUGGUGGUAACAACAGUGACGAUGAGGUAGUUGUUGGAGAGGAUGAAGAAUUGGAUGAAAGCAAAAAUACUAUGAAUGACACAUCUAGCUCUAGCACAAACUUCUUCGGUGGAUUACCAGGUAGCAAUUCCGGGAAUGGAGGUGCUUCAAAUGAUACGGGUUUCUUCAGAUUUGAGGCAUCAGACAAGGAAGAGUGUUUUGGUGACAGGCCUUUGCCAGAUUGGGUGGGAUGGGGAGAACCUUCAGAUAUGCAAGUUACCGGCGCAAGCAUGAAUCCAUUUGUGGACCAUGAUGAGUCUGGUAGCAAUCCUUCUACUAAGCCUCAAAUAGGUAGCCCUAAUUCUAAUUCUCCAAAGUCAGAAUCUGUUUCUUCGAAUGGUUCACCAAAUAGUUCGCCAAAUAGUAAAGAUUUGAUUGAUGGGGUUGGCGACUCAACUCAAAGAUCCGCAGCAGUGCCCUCACUAUUUGAGGAGGAUGUUGAAUUUGUAGGUGUAGAAUUAGAAGGUACUGAGAAGGCUAUGGAACAGGCUCUUAAAGAGGGGAUAGUUGGGGAAGCAGGACCGUUGAAAAGAAACAUGUCCCCAAAAGCGGCAGAAAAGGAAAAUUCCGAGGAUGGUAAUCCUGGAAUGAAGGAAUUCAACGAUGCCAAUUACUGGAGGGUUGAUCAAGAGGUUGCUGUUCUGGAGUGAUGACUGAUAAGCAUUACGGUAAAUCAUGCUUUUAGCUGUAUGGAAAGUUGGGUGGGCGUCAACACCAAUGGACCUGAUUCUUGGUUUGCAGGGGCAGAUGCAGCAAACUGAUGUACAGUAUAAUUUUGUUUCAAUUAUGUCCUAUUUCUUUUCACUCUUACUAGAUAUUCAGCUUGUUAUUCUAAGUUUUGCUUUUAUCCUGUGAGUGAUUUAAUUUUAUGGGGGUCUCCCACAUUUAUCGAAUUGGCUCUGCUCUACGUUCUGGGCUUAUUUCCACGUUGAUGCCAAAUGUUCGAUGGAACGUAGGGUUUAUCUCUACCUGUUUUAUAUGACUUGUAUGUUUUGUAUGGUUAAACUGAAUUCAGCAUAACUUUGGUAACUAUACAAUGCGUCAGGGAUAAUUUACCAACAUAAUUUUAAGCUUUUCAUUUCAUGCCAUGGUUGUACUUCCAUUUUUAUUUUAUA